UGGGUUUGUUGGGAAUGAAGAAUUUCAUGAUAAUAAGUGGGUUAAUCCACAAUAAAUUUAAUCCAUGGAAAGAAAAAAAUAAUAUAUCUCAGCAGAUGGAUUUCAAAAUGAAUUUAAACCAAACUUGGACACUGGAUGUCAUUCCUCUUUGCUAUGAAUUUUUAAACAAUUCCUGUGCGAAAUUCGAUUACCCUUUUUUUAUCAGAAUGUCAAUUUACAUGUUUUUCACAUUGGUGGUGAUUUUGACAGUAUUUGGAAACUUUUUUGUCAUCCUGAGCAUCGUUCAUUUUAAACAGCUCCACAUUCCAACAAAUUAUCUCGUCCUGUCUCUGGCUGUAACAGAUCUGUUGUUAGGAGGAGUUGUUAUGCCCCCAAGUGUGAUUUUUUCUGUUGAAAAUUGCUGGUAUUUUGGGACAUUAUUCUGUAAAAUUCACCUCAGUGUUAGCAUCACAUUAUGUACUGCAUCUAUUAUAAACCUAUGUUUUAUAGCUAUAGAUCGAUAUUAUGCUGUUUGUAAGCCCUUGUUAUAUCAGACCAUAAUUACACCUUUUGUCACGUUUGUUAUGAUUUCCAUUUGCUGGAGUGUUUCAUUCACAGCUGGGUUUGGGAUAAUAUUUCUUGGUCUUAACAUACUGGGCCUUGAAGAUUUUUAUAAUGAAAAUGUUGCAUGUGAAGGUGGAUGUCUUUUGGUCCAAAAUGCUGCCUCCAGCACGGCUUCCUCUUUGCUCUCCUUUUAUUUCCCAGGUAUCAUCAUGCUUAGCAUUUAUACAAAAAUAUUCCGUGUUGCACAAAAACAAGCCAAAUCCAUUCAGGACUCGAAAAAUAAAUCACAAUCCAUGAUAAGCAAAGAGGAGAAAAAAGCAACAAAAACCCUGGCGGUGGUUAUGGGAGUGUUUCUCGCACUUUGGACUCCAUUUUUUUUCUGCAAUAUCAUUGCUCCUUAUACUGGGUUUUUGAUUCCACCUAUAUUGUUAGAUAUGUUGGCUUGGGUUGGAUAUUUAAAUUCGACUUGUAAUCCGAUGGUGUAUGCUUUUUUCUACAAGUGGUUUAGAAAAGCACUGAGGAUUGUUGUAUCUGGCAAAAUAUUUCAGUCAGGUUCUUCAAGAAUGAACCUUUUUUCACAUUGA